GCCAGUUUCCACUCGGAACGCCUGCCUUUAUGCGCCGUGUGUGUAUGUGUGCCGUACUUUUUGCACAGAUGUUGGCUUUAAGGAGCAGCGUAUGAGACGGGACAAGAUGGCACCUCUGCAGUUUUACCGGAGGCUCACUGCGCUCGCUGUGGUGCUGACCCUGCUGACCCUCAGAGACACAUCCAGUGACACCAACCUAGAGAAACUCCUAAGGAAGAGAGAUGUGGCAGGAGCUGCUCCCGCUCUGUCAAAGUCUUCUGUGGCCGUCUCUCCUUCCAAGGCUCAAGAAUUCCUGGCAAAGCUGAGCAGGACCAAAAGGAACAUCUGGGAUCGCAGCCGACCGGACGUGCAACAAUGGAUUAUGCAGUUUAUGUAUAUGGGCUUUGAUGAGCAGAGGCUGGAGACAGAUCUGUCCUACUGGAUGGACCAGUCACGUUCCCGUGACCACGGGCGUCAGCAUCACUACGAUGAAAACUCCCCCAUUGGACCACGUGACCCUGGAGCUUACAGACACGGCGCAAACGUCAACUACGACUAUUAUUAAAGUGCAGCAUCACACAAAAGCUUCAGCUCCAAACAGCCCGCCGCUUUCUGCUUUUAUGAAGCUUGCUUUGCUUUUGAAGCCAAAAAUACACAUUCUACAAUGCUACCUUUCCAUGUUACACAAUAUAAUGUAUUUUAAACUAGCCAUAUCGUGCAAAAUAAGUAUAUUUUUUAUGCAUUUUGACCAUAAUGCAAACCACUGAGGCUUGAUGUGGCUCGUUUUUACUUCUGUGAUGCAUGAAGCCCAAGUAUUAGAAAAGGACAAACCAAACCAGCCGACUGUACCACCGAGACACUGCUAAUGUUGCAGUAGCGAGACAGGAAAUUUGGGGAGGUGGGGAAUAGAACAUAAUAUGAGCAUAAUGUGGCAAAUAUAAA